AUGUUCUCACCAACAUUAGGAGAAUUAAAUUUAAUGCAAAUCGAUCUAAACACUGAUAUCGUUCGUAUGUUUAAAGUAGAGAUUCAAAGAAUUAUUGUUCAAAGUGUUUCAUUAGAAAUUAUAUCAAAUUUACAAGAGUUUCAAAGUAAGUUAUGUACUCAUGACCAUUGUAAAUGGGUAAUGGAGGUUAUUGGUUGUGGAUUUACCCUCCCUGUUGAUGACCAUAAAACUAUUGCUCAUUGCAUCUCUUUAUAUGAAGAGUGGUUCGUCAAUUUACAAAAUGUACCAACCCCCAUUGAAGAAAUGCAAGAUCAUUAUGAUAGAAUUGCUAUGACCCAACUUACUAACUUAUUGUAUCAAAGAAGUGGAAGUGCUGAAAGUCUUAACGGAUAUGCUGAACUAUGUUUAAAAGCAAUUUCUAUUUUAAGAGCUAUUGGAACAAGAUAUAAACCUGGAAGUGAUAUGUCUAGACAGUUAGUGUGUUGUUUAUUAGGUUGUAUGCAAGAUGUUUGUGGUAAACAACAUGUAAACUCACAAAAUGUAAUUGUUUCUUAUAUUGCUGAAAAAUUAAUUCAUGCAGUUUAUGAAGUUUGGCUUAAUUAUGGAGAAGCAGAUGAAGAGUUAUGGGGUGUUUUCCAAGAGUGUCAUAAGGUAUGGGCUAAGACAAAAGAAGUGGCAUUGGCAUGGGUUGAUGUAACAUUGCGUUUACAAAAAACUUUCUUAACGGCUGUAGAAUCAAAACAAAAUGAUGUUAGUUUAGUAAUUACAAAUGAAAAAGCACAAGUAGAUGCACAUUAUACUUUAAAAUAUUUCUUAAAAACAUGGAUUCGAUUUAUUCAUUUAUGUGGUACUCCUGCACAGUUACAAGACGCAGCAGUUGUACUAGUUAUUACUGAUGGUAUUUCAUUAUUUGUAAAAAAUAUGAUUGAGUGUUAUAAAGAUGGAAGAUAUCCAAAUGCACCAGAUGGAAAUACUAUAAUUAAGUUAUUUGGAGAACCACUUGCACAAGUUGUUCUUUGUCUUGACCAUAUAAGAUAUGAACUUGCAGUUAAUGUUGCAGUAACUACUAUAGGAACAGUGUUUGGAGUAACUACUGCAAGAACCACAUUCAGACCAGAAAAUCUAUCAAUAUUAUAUGAAGUAAUGAGUGAGGCUAUAUUAUCAAGAAAUGGAAAAAUUAUUUUGUCUGGUAUUAGAAUACUUAACCGACUUCUUUUAUUAUCAUUCCCUUCACAAGAAAUUAUUUAUCCUUCAAUUAUAAAAGCAGCUGAAAGAAUUUCAAAUAUGGUUGACCCUGGAAGUUUAGAUACAAGAACAAGUUGUAUCGAAUUACUUGGACUAAUACAUCUUUCAUUCUCAAAACAACGACAAGAAAUUGCUUGUCAUGAAGUAGGAACGGAUAAUAUUUUUUGUUUUAGUAAUUUUUCAAAAGAGUUUUUGGCUAUUUGUGAAGUAUUCUUACAAACAGAAACAAAUCCAGUUAAUUUAAAAGAUAUGUUUGUGUUACUUUCUAGAUUCUUCAAUGAUAUUGUUCCAAGGGAAGGACCAACUAUUGUAGAACAAUUUAUUCCAGUCCUUGAAAAGAACAUUUAUAAAUUUGUUGGUGCUUUAGUAGAAAAAAGAUUACACGAAUCAUUUACUGAAAUGAUGAGGGUACUAAAAACAGUAUUAGUAGAAGUAGGAGAGCAUAAAGUCUUAUUAGAUUUAUUGAUGAUAAUUCAUUCAUUUAUUGAAACAUAUUAUAAAUCAUCUCCUAUUAUUGAUGAUUUCUUACAAGUGUAUUCAAUUUACUUUGGUGCUUGUUAUUCAUUUAUUCAACAAGACACAUUGUUAAAAGUUAUUGGAUUAUGUGGUCAGAUAUGUGCUUGGUUUAAUGACCAACAAAAAAGAGCUUCAUUAGAGAAUUAUACUUUCCCUCAGUCAUUACUUUCUUCAUUACAAAUUGAUGUUGCUGAUUAUUUCGAAGAAAUGAAUGAAGUAAUUCUUAUGAAUGCAUAUAAUGACCAUCACAUUCAAGCCUUUGAUGAAUUCAUGAAAAUAUUUGUUUAUAAAGAUCAGGCUGUAAUUACAGUUGCUGAACUUCCAUGGGAGAAGGGAAGUGCUAUUGUUAUCAUUAGAACAAAAUAUGGUAAGACUGCUCGUCAUGUACACCUAACUCAUGAUGAAAACAAAAAAACAGUUAUUAAUGGUGUAUUAACAAAGGGAAGUGAUGAAAUUACUAAAGAAAGUGAAAUACCAGUUUCAUGGAUUGAAGAAUUUAACACCGUUUCAUUAGAUAAAAUAGUUACUGCUGAAAAUGCAUGUAAUAAUGUUCCUCAUGUAGCUCAAAAUGAGGACGUUCUCACUGCUUCUGCUCUUUACAAUACCAGUCUCUGUUGCAAAGCUAUUAUUUCAAGAACCCUUAUAGGGGCACUUGGAUUAGUUGAUUUAUCUGGAGAAAAACUUCAUCCAUUAGGUUUGAGUGAUGACUUGAUCACUAGUUUAUUGGAACUUGAUGUACUUCCAACAAGAAACUUGAUUGGUGUUACUAUUUUAUAUGGUCCUGACUCAUCUGCACCAUCUCCAAUUUAUAACUCUGUUAUUCGUGGGUUAGGGCAUAUUGUUGAUCCUCAAACACAUAAGGGAUUUAGUGGGUUAUAUGCUGGAAGUGAUCAAAAAUUCAUGUACUAUUCAAAUGAAGAAGCUGAAAUGGUAUUCCAUAUCAAUACCCUUAGUGGAUUAAAUGAAGAAGAAGCUGUUGAUGCAGAUAACAUUGUUGUAUUUUGGAAUUCUUCUCCAUAUGAUACAGAAAUUGAAACUAUUGAAGGUAAAUUUACUAUUAUUAUUCUUCCAACUCAAUCUGAUGUUCUCAGAGUUAUGACCAAUUCCCCUUGUGGUGUUUUAGUUAAAGAACAACUUGUUUCUCCAGCAUCCCUACCAGGACUUAUAAGGCAUGCUGCUUUGAAUUAUUCAAGACCAGUUUAUCUUGCGCCAACAACAAAUCCAAUUUAUAAGAGAAGUGAAUACAUUAGGUCAUUAAAUCUAUUUGUUGAUGUCCAAAAUCCAAGGGCUGAAGUUCAUUGUCUUUUGUCAUCAGAAACAAUGCAAAAUGUCAACUCAUCAAAUCUUCAAUUUUGUGUUGAGAUUGUCAAAACUGAAAAAAAAGAACAAAGAGGUAAUUUCCUUACUAGAAAAGCAACCCCAAAACCAGCAAAAGUUGAACCAACAGACGCUGACACAAAGAAGAAAGGACAUUCAUUCAAGCUAAGUUUAUUUAGCAAGAAAAAGAAAGAAGAUAAGGAGAAAGACAAAACGGAUAAGAAAGAAAGAAAAGAAAAGGAACUUGAACGUUCUGCAAUUAAUUAA